CAGCUCCAGUCUAUGGCAGCCCAGGGCUGGGACUGCUGCUUGUGACUGGCUGGGGGACAGCUUGCCCAGGGUGGUAAAGAAAAAACAAAGGUUGUUCUGUGUGUCAAAGGCAGUGGCCAAGGGGAGGCAAAGAUCUUAUGGCUCUGUGGAGAGAUCUGGGAUUGUAGGAAGAGGGGAAAGGAGAGGGUUGUUGUAACUUCGUGCUGCAUUUGCUGAGCGUUAAAAUCUACUUGGACAGCUUGAUCUGCCUCCUUGCCACCCCAAAACACCCCACCCAAAACAGGGAGAAGAAAGCAGCAGAUCUUACCUGUACCCUGUGCUGACAGGACCUGAUCUUGCAGAGCCUGGGAGCCCUUGCAGGGUCAGGCAGUGCCAGACUGCGGAGCAGAUCUCAAAUCCUGUCGGUUCACAUGGCUGCUGCAGUACCUCGAGGGACAGGGUGACUGCCCAGAUCCUAGUGGCUUCUGCAUUUCUGUCUGGAAGAGGAGCUGAAUAAAUUGGGAUUUGGAAAGGCUGUGCAGGCACUUGGAGAAGGGAAGGGAAGAGACAUGAAGGCUUCCUUGGACACAAACAGCUUUUGAGGGAGAAGACUGAGGGAGGAGCCUGCUGAGCCUGCCCUGGCACUGGGAGGAUCUGGGAGAGCUCCAGCCCCGCUGGAGCUGAGCCCCCAGGCAUCCCCAUGGACUCUCCCCACAUCCUGCACUUGGGUUUCCUGCUCCUGGCUCUUGCUGCUCCCCGUCCAAAUAUUGCCAUGUCCAGUGAUGAUCCUGCCAAGGGAACAAAGGACUCUUCCUCUGGCAACACAAUUGUGACAGUCUACCACUGUAAGGACUGUGAGAGCAGCACAUGCCAAGCUAGGGCAAUCAGUUUUGAAAACUUUGAAAAAAUCGCUGAAACACAAACCAUGUCAUUUUCAAAUGGAGUCAUUGAGAUAGUGACCACCGAAACACGCAUCCUUGCGUGCUUUAAGCAAGAAAAGUCUUUUCCUGAAGGAAUUUUUGGCAUCGUCUGGGAAAAAUCUGGGGGAGCAGGACACUCAUGUGGGAUCUUGAAUUCUAAAGAAAAUGGAAGAGGUAACAUCAGUACUGAGGAGAAUAAAAUUUGCUGUGAAGCAGAGACAGAUGUCUGGAAACACAACCCUGCCCUGAAGUGCUACCCUGAAAUGAAACCUGCAGAAACCAGAAACCCAACAGAUGACAUCCCUGGUAAUCCUGAAUAUCCCACCAGCCAAAUGAACAACUUUGGCAUCUUGUUCACAGUUGCCUUCCUUGCGUUUCUCACAGGAAUGUGCACCAUGUAUUGCUACUUUUGGCACCGGCGCGGCCAAGCUUCUAGGCAAGACAGACAGGAUCCUGAGAGAGAAAUACCACUCUGCCAGCAGGACCCUCCACUCUUGUCAUGUCCAGCAGCCACCUGAAAAACAGACUGAUUUUCCAUGAGAACUCCUGCUCUUGUAUUCACAAAUAGUCCUGUUUUCACAAAUGCACCUUCACCAUAUCCACGCCUUCCCCAAGGAUUGAGGCUCUUAUCCAGCUCCAGGCCUUUGUGAGCAGGACAAGCAGCACCAGGAGCCCACAUCCCCUCCUGGUGCUUGGCUGCAGACAGCAGCCACCCCAGGGUGUGUGGCUGACUCAGCAGCAAAAGCUGAAACCAGCUGAAUUCUCUCUGUGACUGAAAGUGUGAACUGCUCUGAAAUGCACCCAGGUGAAGCAAGAGAACAGUUAUCAGUGCUUGGGAAGGAGACUCCAUCAGCAUAACUUGCUCAAUGAAUGCUUCAGAAAAUGAACAUUUAAUUGCUGGGCAGCUCUUUCUCGCAGCGGUCCAUUUGACAAAGAUGUGGCGUUAGUAAAUAACCAUUCCCUGAAAUACUUGGAUUCUUGUCUAGUAAGUUCAAGGGUUUCUGCUGAGUAUCUCACAGCUGAGGGGUGCCAAGGGCCCAGAGCAGCCAAAGAUGCAGAAAGCUCCGACAGCACCAGCACAGGCCCUUCCAGUUUCCGUAAGGAGGUCUCUGAGAUGGGUGCUGGAGUGCAACAGCGCAUGCACAGGGCUGCCUGCUUGUUCUGCACAGGUAAGGAUUCAGCUCACAAACAGGGAGUGCAGUGCAUUUCCUUUUCCCCAGUUUCUGGCUGUUCUUUGAGACUACUUGCAGUGAAGAACCAGGAUCAGCAGAUGAUGCCCCAGAGAAAAAGGGUAGGUGUGGAUUCACGGGGGGCAAAGGGCUGCUGUCUCCUAAGGCAGAUGCUGUGUGCUGAGGUACUUUGGGCUGGGGUUGUGUGACUGCUGUCACUGUCACAGCCCUCUGUGCCUCCAGGCAGGGGAGUGGCACUAAUAUUUGCUCCCUUAUCUGCAUGUCAGAGGAUAUCUGGUGCCAUGCACUCAGAGAUGACAUCAUGCACUGGGCUUCUUUUGGUUUCUUUAUGAACUGAUUGAUCAGAAGUCCGACAUGAUUUUCUUUCAAAACAGCAGGUUAAUUUUCCAGGAGGAAUCCCAGGUUGUUUCAGAUGGCAGGGAAGGGUGCAAUGGGUGGUGGGUCAGCUCGGGGUGAGCUGGGCAGCUCAGCCCAGCCAGCAGCAGCCCAUGAGAUGUCUGCUCCCAGGGGCUGCUUUUAGUCCCUGUGAAUGUGCAGUGAUCCCGAGUGGCUGUGACUGGCACAGGUUUGUUUGGAACAGAAGCUCCCUGUGAAGCCCUUGUUAAAAAGACUGUGCUGAGAGCCAGGGGGGGAGAGAGCAGCUUGGUGAAAGGGUGGGCUGGGGGGAAGCAUUGCUGCUCUCAGAUCCAUCUCCAGUCUAUGGCAGCCCAGGGCUGGGACUGCUGCUUGUGACUGGCUGGGGGACAGCUUGCCCAGGGUGGUAAAGAAAAAACAAAGGUUGUUCUGUGUGUCAAAGACAGUGGCCAAGUGGAGGCAAAGAUCUUAUGGCUCUGUGGAGAGAUCUAGGAUUGUAGGAAGAGGGGAAAGGAGAGGGUCAGGCACUCUCCAGGUCACCCUCCUGUUGUAACUUCGUGCUGCAUUUGCUGAGCGUUAAAAUCUACUUGGACAGUUUGAUCUGCCUCCUUGCCACCCCAAAACACCCCACCCAAAACAGGGAGAAGAAAGCAGCAGAUCUUACCUGUACCCUGUGCUGACAGGACCUGAUCUUGCAGAGCCUGGGAGCCCUUGCAGGGUCAGGCAGUGCCAGACUGCGGAGCAGAUCUCAAAUCCUGUCGGUUCACAUGGCUGCUGCAGUACCUCGAGGGACAGGGUGACUGCCCAGGUACUUCUGAGCAGGUUCCUGGCAAGUUUUUGGGAGUGCGAUUGGUUUUUUCCAUGUUUUCUCACUGCAGUGUGCCACACAGCAGCAUGGACUUGCCUGGUGUCCAACAUUCAGUGACAUUGCUGACCUGCACGCUAAAUUUAAAGUCCAAAUGCAUGUAAUUAGGUUCUAAUUACAUCUAAUUACAUCUUAAAGAAGGAAGGAGCCAGUAUCCUGCUUUUUCUCCAGGAUCCAAGUGACUUUCUCAUCUCUUGCUCAGGGCUCUGGAAGAGGAGCUGAACGAGCUGGGGUGGGGAAAGGCUGUGCAGGCACUUGGAGAAGGGAAUGGGAGAGGCCUGAAGGCUUCCUUGGACACAAACAACGUGUGAGGACUUUAACUCAUCGGUCAGACUGAGGGAACAACUAAAAAGAGCUUUGGAGAUGCUGUGGAUGUCGUGUCUCCCAACUGCCUCCCUCUUUCUUCUGCUUUUCCCGUGCUUCCCUGCCCAGGACAGUGGAGGAAAUGAACAGUCAGCAGAUGUUAUCAGUGCUUGGGAAGGAGACUCCAUCAGCAUAACUUGUCCAAUGAAUGAUUCACAAAAUCAAGUGGGAAUGUACUUGAGAGCUAUCAGACAGAAUCUCAAUGUGAUAUAUGUUCCCAAGGAUGAAUCUCCAAAAGUCAAUCCUGCCUUUGCUAAUCGCACCGAGUAUUCAAAGGAAGGGGAGAAUUUCAGGAUAACCCUGCAGAGGUUACAGGAAUCUGAUUCCAAAAUCUAUGUAUGCUCUGAGAUGGUUAAAAUCAAUGACCGUCACAAAGACCUAUAUGGGAAGACAACCAUAGUGGUGGUCAAAGCUAAAUCCAGCAGGGCUCUGGAGCAGUCACCACUUUAUGCCAACCCUGAGCAAGGCCAGUCUGUCAGGAUCACCUGUGUGUUGAAAAGCUCACCUGAAGCUGAGGGGUUCUACUUGCUCAGGACUCACGUGCAGCCUGCCAUAGUUCUGCAUGGGUCAAAGCUCAACAGAUCAAGGGUUUCUCUUGCCUUUAUGAGUCGCUUGGAGUAUUCAAGGGUAGGAAAUAGAACGGUGAUAACUCUACAUGACCUGCAGGAGGAUGACAGUGAUAACUAUGUCUGUGCUGAGGAGGUGACAAAUUCCCCUCUGCUCUCAUCGAGUGGCACCAUGGUGCUGGUUAAAGAAGUGGAGCAGGCAUGCAAGAAGAGCUCCUGGGGUUUGUAUGCCCUUAUUGCCGUGGUGGCACUGCUGUUCUGUGCCCUGGUGUGCUGCACCUUGUACCGUGUGGAUGUGAAGAAAUAUUUCCAGAAGAAAAAGCCCAAUGUGGUAUAUGAAGACAUGUCCUACAAUUCCAGACGUAGCACACUGGUCAGAACCAACACCUACAGCAGAGGUGAAUAAACUUCUGCCAGCUGGGACCAUAUGUACAUUGACCUUUCCCUUACAGGCAGCUCUGAGAGCUGCUUUCACCAGCUGAUGUAGUAGCUGAACUGAAAUUGCUAUCACCUACCUUCUUCAGUGUGAAGAAAAACCUCAUUUCCAAGGCUCUUUCUACUUUUUUUGAUUUUUUUUUUUUUGUGAUGUACAGAAAAUGUAGCGAAAUGCAGGUACCCUGGACAUGUGUGUGCAGUUCAGUGUGAAAAAGCAGCAUUUUGGGGCUAAAUGCAACAACAUAUGGACUUGUUUCUUUGACCAAUAACCCUUUCUGGGCAGGUGGGAUGGAUGGGGAGGUCUGGAUCUGAGCUUUGGUAAGUGCUCAGGAAGACCACACAGGUCUGUUCAAUAGUUUGCAAUGGAUCCACACAGGCCUGGAUUCCAGCUCUCUCAUGGAUCCUCGGGGUCUGCCCAAGAGCUCAAGCAGCUAAAACUACUCAAGAGUUACAGCAGGGAAAUCUGUUUUGAAGAAACUUCAGAAACGUGGCAGGGUGCAUCAUGAGUGUAGUGCUGGAUCCGUGUGGGCUCACUUGCUCCGAGGUCAUGACAGUCCCACAAAAACACAAUCAAGUCUAGAUUUUAAUUUACUGCCUCUGUCAGAGCUACUGGCAUGACUGAUGACUAAAAUUGAGUCCUGGUGGCUUCUUGGGACAGCAAAAAUGUUUGUGAUGUGCUGUCUCAGCAGGAUGUGUUUCUCCAGGUCAGUGACUCCACACUGUACAAGACAAGAUGAAAUCAUCUGGGGUAAAGCCAAUGCCUGCAUUCCAACCUGGGCACGGGUGGGGCUGAUCUAAAACCCCUUCUUACCAAAGGGAUUUAUCAAAACUCACAUCAGGCAAGAAGAGGCUAAAUUUGGUUUAGUAACAGUUUAUAGAACAGGUGGCUGUGGGAGCUGGGCUGAGGAAGGGCUCGGCCUCCUCCAGGGGUGUUUUGGUUUUGUAGUGUUGGGGCCACUGUGGAAAGUCAAUAAUGUUCCACAAAGGAAUGCUGGAUUGCCUUGAUACAGGGCAGGAUUGAUGGGGGUGACUUGUGGUUGCUGACGAGAGUUUCUCUCUAUUGAUGUAAUUGUUUAUUUUUUUGAAGGAUUAGGGUCAGUUUAUCUUUGAUGAGUGCAUAGCUGGAGCAGAGCCAGGCACAGAGGAAAAUUCUCUGACAAUGCUCUGACAAGAUCCCAGCUUGCCAGGACACUCCUGCCCCUCAGGAUAGCCCAUUUCCCUCUGAAUAUCACUCAUGAAAUGCUGUGCACCAGACCUGAGGGAGAAAUCCCCUCACUGGGGGGUGGCUGGUGCAGGUUCACCCUGUGAGCAAAGAGGUGCUGUCCUCACACGGCCAGACCUGAAUAAAUUGUGUUUGUGAUGGGGCUUUGUACAGUUCCUUGAUAUUUUCAUACAUAUAUUAAAACCUGUUUCAUAUAUCUUGCAAAUAAAUGGAUGUUUCUUUUAA